CAGCGCUUCAUUUGCCAACUCGACCGGCCUCGCGCACCAUGUUCCGCUCGCUCUUGAAACCUGCCGCCGCUGCCGCCCGCUUCGUGCACACUGAAGCUCGCAUCAAGGAGCUCGGGUACACGCUUCCUGCCGUUGCCACCCCCAAGGGCAACUACCGCAACUCGGUGCGCAUGGGCAACCUCAUCUUCACGGCUGGCCACUUGCCUCAACCUGCGGGCGGAGAACUCAUCAAGGGCAAGGUCGGUGUCGACCUCACCCCUGAAGAAGGAUACGAAGCUGCCCACCACGUCGCGCUCGCGUUGGUUGCCACGUUGAAGCAAGAACUCGGCGACUUGGACCGCGUCAAGCGCAUCGUCAAGGUCGUCGGCUUUGUCAACUGCGUCGACGGAUUCACCGCGCAGCCGUCCGUGAUCAACGGGACGUCCGACACCCUCGUCAAGAUUUUUGGCGACCGCGGCAUCCACGCGCGAUCGGCCGUUGGCACGAACGCGUUGCCGCUCGGUAUUCCCGUCGAAGUUGAAAUCAUCGUGGAAAUCCAAGACUAAACUAACACGAGUGUGAUGCAAUCAAAAUGGACUGUUCUGUA